AUGGGGACCAUCGAAGAACUUGAUCAUUUCAUCUUUCUCUCCUCUCACCACACCAAUGGCUUCUCAUCAUAUGUUACCACUCUUAUCAUCCUUGCACUCGGCUCUCUACUACUACUGACGCUUGCCUUGCUCGGUCCUUGUGACUUUCUGGCUUUCUUCAACUUCGGCAACUCCAACUCUGACACCGAAGGGCUAUCUGCGGCCUUCAAUCAUGCACCACCACCGAAUGGGGGGAGCUUCUUUGGGAAGCCUGGAGGGAGAUACUCCGAUGGACGGUUGAUCAUUGACUUCAUAGCCAAGCACCUUGGCCUUCCUUACCUUAAUGCAUAUCUCAAUUCGGUUGGCACAACUUUCUCCCAUGGAGCUAAUUCUGCGAUGGUGGGAUCGACAAUCAGAAAUCAGAACACAUCUUUCUUCCAAACUGGCUUCAGUCCAUUCUCCUUGAAUGUGCAAACUUGGCAGUUCACUCAGUUCAAGUCUCGGUCCCAAUUUGUUUGCAAACAAGGUGGAGUAUUCAAGGACCAAUUACCCAAGGAAGAUUAUUUCUCUCGGGCACUUUAUACAUUUGGCAUGGGCCAAAAUGAUCUCACUUUGGGCUAUUUCACAAACAUGACAACUUAGGAAGUCAGGGCAUAUAUCCCAGAAGUGCUAAGCCAAUUCACUAAUAAUAUAAAUAGUAUAUGUGAGCAGGGUGGUGGGUUCUUUUGGAUCCUUAACACUGGUCCUUUGGGCUGUCUACCAUAUGUUUUAGACGGGGUCCUCCUCACAGCAGCUCAGGUGGACCAGUUUGGCUGUGGAGCUCCCUUCAAUGAGGUGGUUCAGCUAUUUAACAUGAAGCUUAAAGAAACAGGGGCUAAACUCAGGAAGGUGCUCACUUAUGUCGAUGUUUAUUCUCUCAAAUUCGAUGUCACUAGCCAUGCUAAGAAGCAUGGAUUUGAGCUUCCACUUGUUGCUUGUUGUGGGCAUGGUGGCAAGUACAACUACAAUGCACAUUUUGGGUGUGGAUCCAAGAUUUUGGUGAAUAAUACUGAGGUUUUGAUUGCAAAGUCAUGCAAGAAUCCGUCGAGGAGGAUUAUUUGGGAUGGAGUUCAUUACACCAAAGCUCAUGCUAGUAAAUGGGUGUUUGAUCAUGGUAAAUUUUCGGAUCCUCCAACCCCACUAAGAUUGGCAUGCAAAAGGAAGCAUGAUGAGCAGCAUGCAAUAAAAAUUUGA